AUGGAGCGGACUUCGCAAGUGCAACGCUCCCCAUUAGACGACGAUCGCUCCCCAAACACGUGGGGUCAGGCGAGAAAAGCGCGAGGCUUGAAAUGCCGAGCUCCAGCGUUGGCCGUGCCAGGCGAGGAACUGUGUCUGGUGUGUGGAGACAAGGCUUCUGGAUAUCACUACAACGCUCUCACCUGUGAAGGUUGCAAA